CACAAAGCCAGACUGCAGUUGACUCUGAUGUGUUGUGAGGUGUUGUUUGGAUAGUAUAUUAUUGUGACAAAAACGCAACAAAGAAUACUCAAUUUAACGAAGUUUUUAUUGAUUUUUGGCUGAUUAAAAUCUGGAAAGGUCAAACAUAACAACAACAAUGAAUAAUCAAUUACCGAGACAAAUCGAACCAGUGGUCAUUGUUCAUGGUGGCGCAGGAGAUAUUCCCGAUAGUCGUGAUCAUGAAAAACAUCAAGGAACGAAAUUAGCAGCCCGAUUAGGCUAUGACAGAUUAAUGGCGGGAGGAAGCGUCUUGGAUGCAGUGGAAGAAGCUGUUCGAUCGAUGGAGUUGGAUGAAAAUUUUAAUGCAGGAUUGGGAUCGGUGUUAAAUUUGGAUGGUGUUGUGUCGAUGGAAGCGAGCAUAAUGUCGGGCGAUGAUUUAAAAGCAGGCUGUGUGACACUGGUUGAGGACAUUUUGCAUCCGAUUACGCUAGCUCGCCGGGUUAUGGAAAAUACGAAUCACACAUUUCUCGGUGCAGAUGGUGCCAUGAGAUUCGCCAGGGAGCAGCAAAUCGAGAUUCUAGAUCCGAAGGGACAAUUAGUUACCCAGCAUGCCAAAGACGCUUUGGAAGCGUUUAAACGAGACAAAGCUAAGGGUUUCAGCACUGUCAAUGCUAAAACAGAAAUCGGAGACGUGGGCACUGUUGGAGCGGUCGCAAUUGAUAGAAAUGGAAACAUUGCCGUGGCUACGUCUACUGGAGGCAUGACAGGCAAAAUUGUUGGUCGCAUUGGUGAUACACCAUUAAUCGGAUCUGGUACCUACGCAGACAAUAACGCUGGGGGCGUAUCGACGACAGGCCAUGGCGAAACUAUUAUGCGAUACAAUGUUGCGCAGAAAAUUCUUCAACGAAUCGAGUACUUGAAUGAGGAUGCUCAAACAGCGACUCGGAUCGUUCUUGAAAAAAUGACCGAAAGACUUACCCAUGCUGCAGGAGCGAUUACAAUCGACAUAAAUGGUAACGUUGGACAUUAUUUUACUGCCAAAAAAAUGGCGUGGGCCUACCGGAAGGCGAAUCACAUCUACUAUGGCAUACGUAUUGGUGAUAACUUUGUUGAGCCGGCUUAGGUCCGGUGACAAUGAUUGAAUAAACGAUCACUUCUGCGUUGAC